AUGUCGCCCAUUAAGACCGCAAUACUAUCAGCCUUCCUCUUUACACUGAUACGAUUCGGUACUGCUGCCCCUGCAGAGCUCCAAGAUCGAGAGACUCCGUGUAUUGCUCUUGACAAGUGUCCGGGACAGAACCCUGCACCAUCGCCGACACCGUCUCCUACAUCAACCGCGAUUCCUGCACCUAUCCAAGGGCGCACCAAGUGCAGCCCUGACCAGUGUCCCAAAUUAUGCGGCGGUGGUAAGAUCAGUGUAUCCGAUGGACCGAGUUACCCUCAAGGAAACAAUCCUCCAGAGAAGAGAUCACCUGGCCUGAGUGGCUGCACAACCAUAUUCAUCGCCUCCAAGAACGGAGUCUUCUCGAGGCACGUUUGGGAAGUCGACCAAAGAGGCACACCCACAAGGGAUCUUAGCCCCGAAUUCUACCAAGACACGACCAACGAACUUAAAGCCCAAAUCGAUUCCCACAGAGACGACUUGAGCGGCGGCGAGGCUUUCCUCAUCAUCCAUACUGAUCCCGACAGUAACGCCACACCUAAGAAUCCCGAGAACUAUGCCUAUGGCGUGGUCAUUGUCAACGCACUUCUGACCGCGAUAAAAGGUGGUUCUGGGAUUGAUGCAAGCAUCAAGAAAUAUGAUCCGUUAGAUUUUAGUAGGAGCACGGAGCUAGGCUACACGAGGAGGGGGACGUUCAGUUUCGAGUAUGAUCCUAAGUAUAAUGGCACUGGGACCACAGGGGGGCGUAUAGGAUUAUUGGUGAGGGGGUGA